AAUUCUCUUGUAGUUAUUAUGGUGAAAUUAACGACAGAUAUUAUAGAAAGAAAAUAUUCUCAAAUAUUGACUACUAAAUCACUCAGUAAAACAAUAAAAAAAGAAGAGUUGCGGAAAUUAACUCAUUUACAUAUGAAUGACAUGUUCAUCAGCAGUAUUGGUGACCUAGAUAUUCAUAAAAGUUUACAAGUCAUAUAUCUACAGAAUAAUAAUAUAUCAAAAAUAAAGAAUUUACAUUUUGCAUGCAAUUUGACACAUUUAUAUUUACAACAUAAUAUUAUAACGAAAAUAGAAAAUUUGGAAUCUCUACAAAAUCUACAAAAGCUUUAUUUAGGGCAUAAUAAUAUCAUAAUAAUUGAAGGAUUGGAAAAUUUAAAACAAUUACAGGAAUUGCAUGUUGAAAGUCAAAAUAUACCAUUUGGUGAAUCAUUGUGCUUUGAUCCACGUAGUGCUUUUGCUUUAUCUAUGUGUCUAAAAAUUCUUAAUAUUUCUGAUAAUAAAAUUACAUCCUUAAAAAGUUUAAUAGGAUUUCAGAAUUUAAAUACAUUGGAAGCAAAAAAUAAUCUAUUGAAUAAUAUGGAUGAUUUAACUGAAACAAUAAGUACUUUACCAUCCUUGCAAGAUCUAUUCCUACAAGGCAAUCCUAUUACACAAUUUUAUAGAUACAGAGAAAAUCUGAUUGCCAACAGCAUUUUGUUAGCUAAUCUUGAUGGAAAAAUUGUAUCCAAUACUUGCCGAAAUUUUAUGAAAAGAUUUAAAAUGGAGAAACAUAAUCGACAAGUGAAAAAAGCAAUUAAAACUCCAUUAGCAAAUGAUAUAACAAGUUCUUUGAACUUACCACCAGCUUUCAAAAGAUCUAUAUCAAGAGCAAUUUUUCAAAAUCCUGGAUCACAAUUAUCUAUAAAGAUUACUCCUGAAUCGAUAGGAAGCCAACACGUGUUUCCUCCUUGGAAAUCAUUAAAAAAAAGGCAGAAGUGAUCAUUAUCAUUUUAUUUAUUAUAUAUGAAUAAUAUAUUUUUGCAUAUAGAAUUAUCAUCUGGUAUCUGGAGAAAUAUCAAGGAUAAUUGUACAUCCAAGCCUUUCUAGAGCAGUAUAACUAAAGGAAAGAGACACAAUUUAUCAUCAAUGAAAAAAUUGCAUUACUACUUCUUUUUAUCAAUGAAAUUAUGAAAUAGAGUUUCAAAAGAAUCCUUACAAAUUAAGAAACUGUUACUCUAUAUACAUAAAAAAAAAAAACAUUUGAAUGUAUCAAAACAUUAUCUCUAGGAAAAUAAUUUUAUAAAAUCUAAGUAAUACACUACCAUAUACAAGUAAAUUAAUUAUGUAGCAAAUGUACUGUAUCAUUAUUUAUUAUCUCUUAUUAUAUUCUUUGUUUAAAAUU